GUUGUUAUAUUACCAAUUCGGAGGCAGCAGAGGCGGAUGCCAAAGCCUAACGUGAGAGGGUGAUCGGGAAGUGAGAGUGGAGGCUGCGGAGGACGCCUCCGCCCAGGCGGUGGUAUAAAGCUGACGGGACGUCAGUAUUCUGUUCCUUUCUUUCUCCAUUCCUGGGUGAGACGCCCCUUCGUUGCUGGGGAGCCGGGGUCUCCACUUGCCUUUUUUAAAGGGCUGGUGAAAACCCCUGAACAUGUGGAAUCCCAAUGCCGGGCAGCCAGGGCCAAAUCCUUACCCGCCUAACGUUGGAUACCCUGGAGGUUGCCAUCCUACCCAUCCACCAUCUGCCAACCCUCCCUUUCCUCCAGGCCCCCUUCCCACUCCUCCAGGAGUGCCCCAGGGGAAUCCAGCUUUUCCCCCUGGCGGGCCUUGUUAUCCUGUGCCACAGCCAGGGCAUCCAGGAUGCCAGCCCUCAGGUCCCUACCCACCACCUGCCCCUUGCAUGCCACCUGUGAAUCCAUUGGCUCCUGGCAUGGUAGGACCAGGCAUGGUGAUGGACAAGAAGAUGAAGAAGAAAAUGAAGAAAGCUCAUAAAAAGAAGCACAAACACCACAAGCAUGGCAAGGUCAGUGCCCUCUGGAGCCUGGCUAGGAAGAGGUGCCCCCUCAGAAGGACUAGGGUGGCUGGAGGUGGGAAGAGAGCAUUCCUCCUCCUCCUCCUCUUCCAGCAGUGACUCUGACUGAAUACAGGGCCUGGACCCUUCCCUCAAGUCUCUCCAGUUCUGCUCUCCCAUCAAGCUUCAGAUGCCAUCUUGUCCCGGGGGAAAUUAGCCCUCGUGUCCUACCCUUCCACCCUCACAGUCUGGGCCUCAUUCUGCUGUUCAUCCCUCACUGGCUAGAGAAAAUGGGGAAAGAAUUGCCAUGAGCUAGUUUGGAUAGAACUGUCAGCUGAUGAGUUUUGCAGGAGAACUAUUUUUUGAAGACGGUGAGAUCUUUGGGCUAAAUGAGGAAGACAAGUCUAAGAUCUGCAAAAUGUGAUUCUUUACUCUUCCUUUGUAAUACUUCUGAUUGGGGAGAUGCUGUGAAAAUUUAAUUAUGGGGGAAAAAAACUGUACCUUUCUUGUGAUUGUGGCAUACUUGGGUGAUUUAGUGGUGAAUAAACAUUUCCCAGCAAGCUCUUUAUUGGUUGCAUUAACUGCAAGUCUACUGAGAAGUGGAGUCCACUUGGUUAAUGAGCUCUGACUGCUAUUUUGAAAACUAAUCUCUACUCCUUGGCACAGUAAGCCAUCUCAGAUCCUCCUCUCACUCUCCAACUCUCAGUCCAAAUAAAGCUGUUUCUCCUA